AUGAACUUCCCUGGGACCGGCGGUAAUGGGUUCGGGGGGCUUGGCUCUCUGGGAGGCGCCGGGGGUUCGACGCCGCCGGGGUAUAACCCGAAUGAUCCCAAUGUGAAGUGGCUUACGAAUGCGAUGGAGUCGUGCUAUGCGAAGACGGUGAUGAGUGGUGUUAUGGGGUUUGGGCUGGGUGGGUUGUUUGGGAUGUUUAUGGCCUCGAUGGCAUACGACACACCCUUCCACACCCCCGGCGCCCCCGGCGCACCAGGCGCCGCCGGAUCCGCCAACACAAUCGCAUCGCUACCGCUGCGCAAACAACUCGCGCACGGGUUCAAGGACAUGGGCAACCGGUCGUGGAGCACAGCCAAGAACUUUGGCGCGGUGGGCGCGCUGUUCAGCGGGAUUGAGUGUGGCAUUGAGGGUCUGCGGGCGAAGAAUGAUAUGGCAAAUGGGGUUGCGGCUGGGUGUUUGACGGGGGGGAUUUUGGCGCGGAAUGGAGGGCCACAGGCGGCGGCUGUGGGGUGUGCGGGUUUCGCGGCGUUUAGUGCGGCGAUUGAUGCGUGGAUGCGGAUGCCGAAGGAUGAGGAUUGA